GAUCGCCGGUCCGCUGUGUCCCUCGGACACAGCGGAUCACGGAAAGAGCCGAAGAUGUCGGCUCAGUCAUGUGAUCAGCUGUGUCCAAUCACAGCUGAUCACAUGGCACUGAUGAUCAGUGUGCCCUGAUGAUCAGUGUGGCCCCAGAAGUGCCACCUGUCAGUGCUCAUCAGUGCCACGUGCCAGUGCCCAUCAGUGCCACGUGCCAGUGCCCAUCAGUGGCACAUCAAUGCCACAUAUCAGUGCCUACCAGUGCACAUCAAUGCCACAUAUCAGUGCCCAUCUGAGCUGCCUUUCAAUGUCACCCAUCAGUGCCAGUCAGUGACACCUAUCAAUGCCAAUCAGUGCCACCUAUCAGUGC